UGCAUCUCUUCAAUGAUCGCUUCUCUGCGUCUCAAUGUAAAUCAAUUGUGUCGGCGACCGCUUUGGUCGCCCUUUUUAUUCUAAAGACGCCUUUAUUGUGUACAUCUCUGGUCUCGUCGAAACAUACUUUAUAGUAUCGCUUAGAAAACUUCCAAGCGGCUGUGAGGAACUUUUUGUCGAGCAGUGUGUGUGGUGAAGAAUGCAUUAGCUCAUUCAGCUAACAGCAGCACCAGCUUUCUUCGUGGUUUUCAGCAUCUGCUGGUGUCAACCAGCACUGUAUAUCGUUUGGUUUUAAAUGGUUUUUUUGUGCCACGAGAACUGAACUGACCCAUAUGGAUUAGCUGGAUAUAUUUAUUUCCCCUCGUAAAUGAAAGGAGAAUAUCGGAAAGGUUCGGUUUAAGUGCCUGAGCUGUUGUGAGGAUGAGCAGCAAGCGGAGUUUGUUUGUGCGGCUGGUGCCGUGCCGCUGCUUGCGGGGCGAGGAGGAGACAGUCACCUCGCUUGACUACUCACACUGCAGUCUGGAGCAGGUCCCCAAAGAGAUCUUCAGCUUUGACAAGACCCUGGAGGAGCUCUACCUCGACGCUAACCAGAUCGAAGAGCUGCCCAAACAACUUUUCAACUGCCAGUUGCUCCACCGAUUAAGUGUACCGGACAACGAUCUUACGGUGCUGCCGCCGGGCAUCGCAAACCUCAUCAACCUCAAGGAGCUGGAUGUCAGCAAGAAUAGCAUCCAGGAGUUUCCUGAAAAUAUCAAGAACUGUAAAGUCCUGACGAUCGUAGAAGCGAGUGUGAACCCUAUAUCCAAGCUUCCAGAUGGUUUCACGCAACUCCUUAGUCUGACACAGCUCUACCUGAAUGAUGCCUUCCUCGAGUUCCUACCGGCCAGCUUCGGCAGACUAACCAAACUGCAGAUCCUGGAGCUGCGGGAGAACCAGUUAAAGAUGUUGCCAAAGAGCAUGCAUAAGCUCAUGCAGCUGGAGCGCUUGGAUCUGGGGAGUAAUGAGUUCACUGAAGUGCCUGAAGUACUGGAGCAGCUUACUGGAAUCAGAGAGCUGUGGAUGGAUUGUAACAAACUGACGUUUUUACCUGGGAUGAUCGGGACACUGAAGCAGCUCUGCUACUUGGACGUGUCCAAAAACAGCAUUGAGAUGGUUGAUGAGCAGAUAUCAGGCUGUGAAAAUCUACAGGAUCUGCUGCUGUCCAACAAUGCGUUGACACAACUGCCAGGUUCUAUAGGUUCACUAAAGAGACUCACUACUCUGAAGGUGGAUGAUAACCAGCUCAUGUACCUGCCUGACACAAUUGGCGGUCUCACAUCUCUGGACGAGCUGGACUGCAGUUUCAAUGAGAUCGAGGCGCUGCCGUCCUCCGUCGGUCAGUGUUUCAACCUACGAACGUUUGCUGCCGACCACAACCUGCUCGCUCAGAUGCCUCCAGAGAUGGGCUGUUUGAAGAAUGUCACUGUGCUCUUCCUGCACUCAAAUAAGCUGGAGUAUCUGCCGGAGGAUAUGGGUGACAUGCUCAAACUCAAGGUCAUCAACCUCAGUGACAACAAGUUGAGGAACCUUCCAUACAGUUUCACGAAGCUCAACCAGAUGACUGCAAUGUGGCUGUCUGAAAACCAGUCGAAGCCCCUGAUUCCCCUCCAGAAAGAGGAAGAUCCAGAGACAAACAAGACGGUUCUCACAAACUACAUGUUCCCUCAACAGAGCAGAACUGAGGAGUAUUUGCCCAGCUCAGACAGCGAGAGCUUUAACCCGUCUCUAUGGGAGGAGCAACGCAAGCAGCGGGCGCAAGUGGCGUUUGAGUGUGACGAGGACAAGGACGAGAGAGAGACGCCCCCACGGGAGGGCAAUCUGAAGCGCUACCCCACACCGUACCCUGACGAGCUGAAGAGCAUGGUGAAAACAGCCCAGUCCGUUGCCCACAGACUCAAAGAGGACGAGUCUGGUGACGAGGCAGGAAAAGAGACCAGGACCAGCGAGAGGAACAAUAUUGGAGUUCAAGAUGUGGGAGUGAAGGUGAUUGACGGUCCCUGCACCAAUGGCAAAGCUGUUGAGAUGGAGCCCAAAUCAACUGUAAACAGUCACCCAAAUUAUGAUCCAAGAGAUGCAACAGACAACUAUAUUGUUGAAAGAAUGCCUCUCAAGACAUCAGACAACAUGAGAACUAUGGUUAACCAUGAUGACACCCUCGAGGACUCAGAGGAGCUAUCAUCCGACGAGGAGGAGAUGAAGAUUGCGGAGAUGAGACCUCCUCUCAUUGAGAUCUCCAUUAACCAGCCUAAAGUAGUGGCCCUCAGCAAGGACAAAAAGGAUGAUGGAAAGGAUGCUGAUUCUCUGCUGGACGAGACGGUUGCUAACAGUAACCAGAACAACAGCAACUGCUCAUCACCCUCACGCAUGUCUGAUUCAGUGUCAUUAACCACAGACAGCAGUCAGGACAACUCCCUCUGCACUCCAGAGAGAGAGUCCAAGAUGCCCCUCGUCCCCAAGAAUGGGCAAGAGGAUGAAAACCUUAACAAGUUGAAGCAGACGACCCCUCUCCUACAAAACUGUAAUGGUUCUGAGACAUCCCUACAGACUAUCUUGAAGAACCAGAAGAGCUACGAAAGAAAACAAGAUAAGAUGACUGACUACAGUCUAUCCAUGGAGGAGAGGCUUGCUUUCAUUGAGAAGGGUAUUAAUAACGGCAUGGUGGACCAGUACAGCAAGUGGGAUCAGAUCAACAUGAAUGUAGCUAAACUCCCACCAGACAACAUGGUGUCAUAUGAGGACCAAGAGAGGACCAAAACUUCUUCAACAAAGGAGUCCAUGUCAAGCAACAACAAUGCCAUGGUUUCACUUGAGAAUCUCGAGAAUGGGAAUCGGCUUCAAAAAAACAAGUCUGGGGAGAAUUUUAAUGGCCGAACAGAUCAAGUUCCCUUACGGUACGAGACUACAAGGACAGUGUCAACCGGUGUAACGGCGUUGAGCGACAUGAUUCUUUCUCGUAGCACCGAGGAGCUUUCGCCAAAGAAGUGUCCACCGCCCCCAGUUGUAAAAUCUCAGAGCAUUGCUAACAUGGAUGCUGGUGGAAUGAAGCUGUAUUCCAUCGGUGGAGAAAACCCCCCAUAUGAGAUGGUGGGCUCGGCCAGAACCUUUGUAACUGGUGCUCAAGGCCAAAGCAUCGUCCGUUCAAAGUCUGCAUCCUUGCUCAAUGACCAGCCAUUGCAGAUUUACCCUGGUUCCUCUGCUUCUUCGUCUGAUCUUCUGUCCAGCUCAAAACCUCAAGCAAGUACCGCCCGCUACCCCGUUGACCCCCCACCGCAGUACAACAUCCAGUACGCUAGUAGCGUUGUGCAAAAAGACAACUUGUGGAGUCAACGUACACCUGUACCUCCCGAGCAAACUUAUCUACCCCCGCAACACUCCCUUGCCAACACAAACUACUCCAACCGCAACAAUGCUCCUCCUUACCCCAACAGCAUGCCCCAACAGCAUCUAUCGCCCAAUACUCCAGACAUGUGGGCAAAAGAGAGGAUGCAUCCACCUGGUGGCCAACGUGGCACCUUUCAGAAACAAGGUAGUGGAUUUUCUGGCACCCCUUCUGGCAUGUGCAUGUCGGAUCCCCGCCGUACGCCAGGAAUGGAAGGAGAGUACAUGACAUACCGGGACAUUCACACGGCAGGCCGUGGACCCCUGCAGGUGAGUCAGGCUCUUCACAGGCCCCUGUCAGCUCGUACGUACAGCAUGGAUGGACCUAAUGCUCCUCGACCGCAGAGUGCCCGUCCUCCACCUCACGAGCCUCCAGAGAGGACCAUGUCUGUUAGCGACUUCAACUACCAGCAUGGCAGCCCCAACAAGAGGCCCAGCAUGAGGGUGAAGUCUGAGCACUCACUGUUGGAUGUGCCAGUCAGUGGAGGUGGAAGGGUUCCGGCAGAUUGGAGAGAUCAGGUCAUGAGGCACAUCGAAUCCAAGAAAAUGGAGAAGAGCACUCUGUCUCGGUCUUUGGCCACUCUCUGUAGCAGUCAAAACUCUCUGGCCUUUAGCGCAGUAGACGGGCGGCAGUAUGGAGCUCAUGACGAUGUCUUUAGUCCACAUGGACAACAGGGCUACCAUGUCGACACUCUAAGAAAAGUGCCUUUAAUGAAUGGCCAAAUGUUUCCUCCCGUGAGAUCUCCUAUGAACUGCGGUCAGCAACCGAUGGCACGUCACCCCUCACGAGAGCAGCUCAUUGACUACCUGAUGCUCAAAGUGUCCCAGCAGCCACCUGGGCCUCCACGGGUCCCACAUGAGUCACUCCAGCAGGAGCUCCGUGUGAAGAUUUUGAAGAAUCCUGAGCUGGGUUUCAGUAUAUCAGGAGGUGUUGGUGGCAGGGGGAAUCCCUUCCACCCAGAAGACAACGGCAUAUUUGUGACGAGGGUUCAGACAGAGGGACCUGCUUCAAAACUAUUGCAACCUGGAGACAAAAUCAUCCAGGCAAACGGAUACAACUUCAUCAACAUGGAUCACAGAUACGCCGUAUCCCUCUUGAAGACCUUUGCCAGCACCGUCGACCUGAUCAUCAUCCGAGAGAUGGCAGCAUAGAGACCUGCUCAAAUUGAAUGUUCACUGUCUUAUUUUUAUACGCAGAGGAGCCAGUGCUAUAUAUAGUCAAUCCAAACUUAUUUAAAUGGGACAGUGAGGAACCAUCGGUGAAAACGGGCAAAACAACUGCGUCAAGUGGAAGACGGACAGCAUGCGCCUUCACUGUAGGAACGCUUGUUGGUAUAGUCCAACCGAUAUGAAAACCUGUGCUUUCUUUUGUAAAGAUAGUUUUUGAUUUGACUUUUUUUAUGAAUCAAAUGUGUAGAGUUCUAGUGGGACAUUAGAUGUAGCUGACCUUUUGAGGGCAGGGCUCUCCAUAACAUCUUGUCUUUGUUUUUUAUUUUUAUUUUAAAGAGAUUUUUAAAACCACUUUUACGACCUGUGUGAGAUUUUGAGCUUGGAGAAAAUGCUAUGUAUGUGCUUACUGUGGAAAUGAAUGUAGGACUGGGGUGAGCGAAGCUGAAUUGGAUGUGAAAUCUGUAUUUGUUGGCCUGUUCGCCACUUUUCUCAUUGGGGAGAUAUCUCCAUAUUUGUUCAUCUUGAUGAAAAACUCAAGUGUCAACCACUGGUAAAUGCUAUACACUUGAUCAGUAAUCUCGCCUCUAUACCUUCCGGAAUGUUUCGCCAGUGAAACAAGAGUCUUGUUCUGUGUUCCCACAAUCUUUCACUGAACCAAAGUGGAAGACACCGACUUUAGUCCAACUGUUAGGACACGCUGAAAUGCUCUCUGUACAUGAAAUAGGAGUGUAACGGUUCUCGGUAAAAAAACGAAACCGUACAGUUCACCACCCGUGGUUCGGUAAGCAUUGGCACCACGGUCGGUUCACCUCAAGUUUAAUGACGUGUGUUGUUAACAAUGGCAAGCGGAGAAAACGAGCCACUUCUAGAGAAGCCCCCUGCGUUUCUCCUUUUUGGGAAUAGCGAUGGUCAAAUGUUGUUUAAAAAAACAUGCACUGUUUGCAGACAUCGCUUAAUGCGAGUGCCAUAUAUAUGUCAACUAUAACUAAAUUUGGGAUUUCAACGUAUUAUUAAAAUACUCAAGCAGCAUUAUCACAACAUCCCUUCUUGUAUGCUUUUUAAUAGCGAGAAUAUUACUUUUAUAGUGAUGAGUUUGAAAUGCACUUUAUGUCGAUGCAUGUAGCGUAAUAGGGCAGGUAUUCAGUUAAAAUAUUGAUUUAGUAAUUCGAGAAAAUUUAAGGACCCUGACUAAAAUUAACAAUGGUUUUACUAGAAUAAUAUUGUAGUAACCAUGACUGCUGUUACCAUUGUUUUCUGAGCAGAAAUCAUGGUUCUGAUACAAUUAACCAUCGUUUUAUAGCAGUAAUACUGUAGUUUCUAUAUAGUAACCAUGAUUUUACUGUAUAUUGUAACCAUGACAGUAACCAUGACAGUAACCAUGUUGAUUUUAUGGUUACUAUGAUUUUACUACACUAAAAUGGUUAAACUAUGGUUACUGCUGUAAAACCAUGAUUUUAUUAAGGGCAAACCUGUUGAAGUGUUUGUUACCAGAUAAGAGUAUUAUUUGGAUUUCGCAGUAAUAAUUUUUUUCUGAACAAAGCAAAUACCGAACCGUACCGAAACCGUGACCCUAAAACCGUGAUACAAACGAAACUGUGAGAAAUUCGGACCGUUACACCCCUAACGUGAAACAUGGACGGGAACAUGAAGAACUACAAUAAGGAUUUCAAAAGUGAAGAAACUUCAACACAGAUGGGAUCAGAAAGUGGAGCAAGCUAUCUUAACCAAACCAUGUUGGGACACUGGCUGUGCGGAACCGUGAAUUCUUUCCUCGCAGCAGUCUGGCUUGGCGCAAUUCCAAUGUCCCCCAAAACGAAUCCGAAUCACUCCUAGCAUUCGCACUUGAUUAUUUGUUUUUCUUAUUUCACUUUGGACUUGGUGGAAACAGUUUUCUAUUCUGUGAAGAUUGUAGACUUAACAUUUUAUUUAUUUUGAUGUUCAACUAGCAUUGCAGUCAUGGACGUUUUUCUUUAGGGGUUUUGACGAGGGCUGAGAAAACGACAUGUCAAGUGCCAUAUGACCCUGAACUGUCUAAAUGGGUUCGGCCCAGAGCAAUA